ACAACAUCAGCUUUCCAUCCGUUGAGGUAUUCCGCCGCCGAGUUGAGGAAGUUGUCAACACUUUUCAUGAACAGAACUUCGUCCAUGGUGAUUUGCGUGAUACGAACCUCUUUGUGCAAAAGAACGGUGAGGGCAAGUUUAUGCUAAUCGACUUUGAUUGGUCAGGAACGGCUGGUGAAGAUCAUGAUCUUGAUAUGCUUGAGAUUAUGUUUGGCAGAAGCGAACAGCCUGAAAGUCAACCACCAUCCCAGUGA